AUGUCCGACACUUGUAUUGUGUGCUUAGGAGACCUUGGCGAAAGCGCCAGCGAUCCUCUUGCCGUCCCGGUGCCAAGACUUGACCUUGAACCGGACGGCAAGGCACCUGAGACCUCGACCAAGCCAGAUGGCCUCGACGGAGAUAAGGACAGUCUCAUCGCUCAGUUACUUCCAUGCGGUCAUAUCCUUCACAACAACUGCUUGAAACCCUGGGUCGAACGAGCGAAUAGCUGUCCGAUAUGCCGCCGGACCUUCAAUGAAGUGGAGCUGAGUGACCGGGUCGGAGGCCCCGUAGUUUCAUCAUAUGCGGUCGAAGACCGUGUCCAAGUCGCAGAUGUCGACCCGUCCAUGAUUGUCGAAUAUAUAGAUGAUGAUGUAUCCGACUUCCAACCCUGCCCUAUCUGUGGGGACUCGGAGAACGAGGAGUUGCUCCUUCUCUGUGACGGCUGUGAUGUGCCGACACAUACAUACUGCGUUGGGCUUGAUGGGGUGCCAGCUGGUUCCUGGUACUGUUCCCGAUGUGAGACCCAACGUCCCAUCGGACUAUCUUCUGAUGCAGUAGAUAGACCGUCGAAUGUCCAGAACCGACGGCGUCACCGUACUAGAGCGCAGCAGCGGACGGUGCAAAGCAGGAAUCAAAUCAACUCGCUGCACUGGGCGCGUGUCUGGCAAUCAGUAUGGGAUCACCUCAACAUAGAUCUGGACUUCCCUUUCGACGAUGAUCGAGCUGUCGAGCGUGUGUUACAGCAACGACGUCGCGAGGAAGCCAACCAGAGAGAGUUCCGCAGUUGGCAACGUCGUUUCGAAGUCGCCGAACGACAAGGGGGAAGAAAUCGAUUCAGAGACACUGCUGCUCUGCUUGACGUCGAAGCGCCCAGACCAUCGCGCCCACGAGCGCCCAGACAGCCGACACCCGAGCCAGAAUCACUGGAAGAAAUGAGGGCGUGGAACGCUUUCGAACGAGCUCGUGAGAUCGAGAACAACCCGAGCGCGGCACGGAAACGAAAAGAGCCUACAAUGUCCCCUUCUCCAGAGCCCACCGAACCGGCACGGAAGCUGAAACGACCUCGCACUCGCAGGGCCCAGGAUCUCGCAGCCCUCGCGAUGCAGAACGGCGAGUCUUCGAGAAGUGCCGUUGCCCAAGCAUCCGCACGUCUCAAUGCCGAUAAUUCUAGCGAACCGAGUUUCCUUUCGUCGUUGCUGAAGGAAGUCGAAGACGCUUCAACACCACAGAGUGUCCACUCGUACGGUCCUUCGGCUCACAUCUCAGCCGAACAGAGCACUCCCGGGCUUUCAUCACCUUCCAUCUCACCCGUACCGUCUACCCAGUCGUCUCCCCGGUUGUCUGCCGCCACCCCACCCCCGCAUUUGGGGAGCAGGCCAAUAUCCCCAAUGCAACUCACACCACCACAUGAAGUGUCGUCUCCUCCCCCUUUCUCCCCCGAAGUUUCACCAGCUAGCUCUCAGAAAGACGAUAAAGAGGAAACACCAUCGCGCUCUCGACCUCGUCGAGUCCCUCGAGCACCACAAAUCGUCAGAACCGUACGAUCAAAUAAUAGCUCGCCGUCUCGUCCCGGGCUAUCUUUGGAGGUGAAGUCUGACAUCCAAAAACUCGUCGGGGGAGCUUUGAAACCGCAUUACCGCUCGAAGGUCAUCUCCAAGGAGGAGUACACCGACAUUAAUCGAAACAUCUCUCGCAAAUUAUACGAACAUGCUUUGGGAUUGGACUCGUUGGAGUCGACCACGAAAGCACGCUUGGAAGCCACGGCCAAAGAUGAAGUGCUUAAGGCGAUUGACGCUCUCAGGCAGAGCAGGGCAAGGGUUAACGGUUCAGAUGACAGUUCAUGA